AUGCCGAGCCUGCACGCGCAACGAGCUUGGCUGCCUGUGGCCCUCGGGAAACGAACUGGGGGACGGACGACGAGCCCAGAGAUAUCGAAUCAGCACCGCCGUCGGAUCGUCCUCGGGGCUCUACAAGAGCACGGCUAUCUGUACCGGUACUACGCCUCCACUCUGGUCCCUCGUCUGGUGCGGAAAAAUUCACUGGCACGGUUUUUGGAUCAAACGCACUUCUUACGCUUGGCGUGGGAGUUUCCUCCACUGAUGGGAGCCAUGAUAUCGAUUGCCGGCAUGCAGCUGGCUUCCUCGUCGCACUGGGCAAUUCAGUGCGCCAUUGAGAGCUACAUGUAUACCAUCUCGGGCCUCCAGAAGACGAUUGCCCAACUCAGAAACCCAGAGACGAAUGAUGGUCUUCUAGCGACGGUGAUCUCGCUGUCCGUGUUCGAGAGCUGUCGACGAGAUGCGGUGCCCAAUACCACACCGCAUGUCAUGGCCUCCGGGACGCUGUUGGCCCUCCGUCGUCCCCGCGGGGGGAAAUUCACCCCAAACAGCCACCGUCUUCGACCGCAUUUGCAUUGA